UAUAUAUAUAUAUAUAUAUAGAAAUCUUUGGCCCAGAUCCCUCUCCAUCAUCAGAGCUCUAGGGCUGGAGCUGGAGGCGGAGAACGAUGAGGACGAGCUGCAACGGCUGCCGAGUCCUGCGCAAAGCUUGCAACGAGACCUGCGCGAUCCGGCCAUGCCUGCACUGGAUCAAGAACCCGGAGUCACAGGCUCGCGCCACCCUCUUUCUCGCCAAGUUCUAUGGCCGCGCCGGACUCCUUAACCUUCUCGCCGCCGCACCGGAGAACAUGCGCCCAGGGGUGUUUCGGUCUUUGUUGUAUGAGGCGUGUGGGAGGGUGGUGAACCCGGUUCAUGGCUCGGCUGGGUUGCUGACGGGUGGGAGCUGGCAGCUAUGCCAUGAAGCCGUAGAAGCCGUGCUCAGCGGCGCGCCGAUUAAGCAAUUGGGAGGGCAGCUGGCUGAAGCCGUGAAAAUUGGAGAGGAGCUGAGCCGAGUCGAAGAAGAUGGGGGGAGUAGCGUGGCUUCAAUGGAUUCUUCGCAUUUGAGCCAAACCGAGCCGGUGGAAGAGGAUGAGGUUGGGCUUGAGCUCAGCUUGGGGCUUGAGCCGCCGGCUAAUAGAUCCCAGCCUGAUGACACGUGUCGGUUGGGUCUCAGGCUGUAGGUUUCUUCUUUUUUUUUUUUAUAGAAUUUUAGGAAAUGAAAAAUAUGUAGAGAAAGGAUGGAGUCAUAGUUGGGGUUGGGAAACUAAAGAGGAUUGUAUAUAAAUUUUAUUUAAUUUUC